AGGACAGGACAGGACAUUCAACCAUCAAUCAAGCACCGUGGUAGUUCGUCCACUCAGUCACAUGCACCGCACCCAGCCAUGACCGCACCGCUAUCCCUUCCCCUCCCCGUCUGUCUGCACACACGGCCACCAUCCCUCUCACCGCACCUCACCCGCUAACAUCAUUUCUGUCACCCGCUCAGUCACCCAUCAUACUGACGGCAGCUCGAUAGGCCGACUGACGCACACAGCACACAGAGAAGACCAGACCGGGGGCAUGCACUCACGCCGCCCAUUGAUGCGUGUGGGCACCAUGCUGUGCUGACCUGACGAUGGCGGCCAGCAGGGCCUCCUUCUCUGCUGAGAGAGGCCGAACACCAUGAGCCAAGUCAACCCUGCAGGUAAUCAAGAAGAACACACAGACACUCGCCAUCCAGUCAACACACCAGCAGAGCAGUGCAGUGAAUCCAUCCAUCCAUCCGCCACCCACCCACCUCUCAAACGCGUCCUUGCCCCUCCCCGGCGACCCCCCUCCCCCCUCCAUGACCUUGACCCGCCUCCGAUGCAUCUGCAGCACCCGCAACCCCUCACGCAGCAUCCGCCGCCUCAACACACGCCCGACCAGCGCCGCAUCCGCACCAGCCAUCCGCUGCUGCUGCCCCACCACAGUCUCCAGCACGCUUCUCAUCAGCCCGACGAGGUUGGCAAAGCCGACGGGAUGGCUGAUGAAGGGGAUGUCGGUUUCCGUGGCCUUGGUCUCGGUGCGAUGGGUCAGGAGAGCCAGGCCUGUGUGGUCCCCAGGCGGCAGCAUCGAUGGGCUGUGGUGCUUGGCGGCCUCCAGGGAGGCCCGGGACACCUUGACGGGAGUCGAGAGGUCUCUGCGCCUGGCUGCAUUUCCCUUGGUGCGGCUCAGGGGGGACUUAUGCGGGUGCAUCAUCCCAUC